CCCCACACAGCCUCCUUGUCAGUUUCCAGCACAUAUGGCUGCGGAAGGGAACCUUAUUUCAAAUCUAUUGGUGGAUUGUUAACUAGCCAUUUGACCCUUAGUAGGUGUUGGGGAAAUUACGUAACAGUGCGGAUGGAUCUGAGUGGGACGGUACUGUCCCCCGAACAAGACCUCCACAAGCUUAUCAGCUGCUGUCCUGGGUCCCAUGUUGUGCACAUCACAUCGAGGCCCAUCCAAGUUUGCCCUGCACUCUCUCCUGCCAAGUUGAUAUCGUAUAGCACCUGCCUCUGUCUGUCCCUGUCUGAACAAGGUCUCUGAACAAGGUAGGAUAUCUUCUCUGUCUUUAUUCAAUAGAAUGGUAUUAUAAUAUUCUGCUGAAUAUUACUACUCUUUUUGAAUGUGUCCUUGGACUCUUUCACAAUAUGCUUAUUUUUUUAUGUGUUAGAGCACCACCUCAAUCUACAACUCACAGACAGCUCUUGCAACAUGUUCCUACAGUCCUUCCUCACAUGUCAGAGUGGUGAACAGGGGUCAUUUGUCUGUCUGUCUUGGUUUGUGAAAUCAAUUUGAAACAGUUGGACAGUUCUUGCAUUAUAAACCUCUGUGAAUAUUUAGUAUUAAGACAAAUGUGGUAGUCAGCGUCUACAGCAAAGCAUUGACUGAUGCUGGGAUGUGUUCAGUUGCCUGUAAUUGGAUGUAUUUGUCUAACCAUUAAAACCAAGAGUAACUGUGAUUUUGACCUUUAGAUUGCCCUCUGGUAAUGAUACAGUAGCCUUCACCAUAUAUAAUGUUUGAAUCUCAGUGGCGAAGGCAUGUUCAGAGUGAAAAAAUUUGACCAGUAGCCUAUAAUAGCUGCAAGCGUUGGUUGCCUAAGAUAUACAGUAUAUAGAAAGAAACAAACAUGACCUAGCCUACAUCUCAGGACAUUAAUGUAAAACCAUGUUAGAACUAAACUGAACCAAGCAGGUUCCUCGUGUUUUAUUGUUUGGCCAACAGGCUCAGGCUUCUUCUUUAUUGUCUCCUGCUACAAGGUCUCUCUAGUGCUAGCCUGGGUCCCUCUGAGGCUGUUGCUGCUGGUGAGAUACACACAGACUGUGAGCAUCUAUGAAAAUAUUUCUAAAAUAUAUUUCAAUAUUUCAAAUGGACAUGUAGGAGCAUAGCUACAGGUGUAUAUUUUUGUGUCAAGUUGCUACCUGUAAUAGAUAAUCUGUUAAGAGGUAAGCAUAGAGAUUCUAUCCAAUUAAUGUAUUACAGUUAAUUGUUUUUUGGCAGAAAUGUCAGUGAGCAGUAAUGUUUGCAUAAUUCUGUGCAAAAGUUUAUUGGCUACUAUAUUGCCACAUAGCAUAGGGAAUCAUUUUGCAAUUAUGAUGAACUUUGCCCUAGAGAAAUCUUGGCCAUAGUUAUCUGAUCUAUCUGGUCAGAUCUUCUGUCCUUUUCUAUUUUAAGUGGUGAUAGUGAUAGAGCAAUGUCCUCAUGAACCAGAUUCAAAUUUCAUAUCGCUGUUAUAAGCUCUAUGUCUCAACAUUUUAAUUGCUUGUUUGAAUUUUAACCGCAUCUUUCUCUCCAUACAUGUUUAAAAAUGUAUUGGCAAUAUUGUAUACCCAAGGUAUGUUAUCAUUAUGAUCUGAAUGUCAUAGCUAAACUAUAGCUGCUCCGCUUGAAAAUUGUCUUCACAAUUUCAAGAUAAAACCACUAGAUGGCAUAAUUUCACUGAAAUUGUCCAUCAUAGCCUGAUUGACUUCAUGUCAGAGAUAAUGAUGAAGGAUCAUGGUCAAGUAACCCAACAUUACAAGUAACCCAGCAUGUUACUUUAUAUACACUUCAAUACAAGCUUUGGGCCAAUGUUGUAUUUGAACACAUGUAAUAACCAACACAUUUAUUAUGUGUGUGUAUGAAGAUAACUACUGAACAGAAUCUUGACUGAGAUCUAUCUGCCUUUGAAGAUAAGACAAAAAAGUGUUUCUCAGCAUAAAUGCAUGCUCACCCCUUAGCUGUCUCAGACCCUUUUUCAAUGUCACUUUCUUGGUCAACUGUCUUGGUGUAACCUACUGUAUUUAAGUUAAAGGUUGGAAAAAGCUCUGCAAAUUGUUACAUGUUUUUGGCACAAACCCCUUAAUUUCGCCAUUCUUUAUCAAUCUAACCAAGCAGCCAUUGGCACACUGCCUCUGACAAUGUCAUGUUGCAAUACCCACUCAUAUAAGGAUCCAGGAGGGAACACUUAUUUUCUUGAAAUUAGUAGAAUAUCAGGAGCCUUUGCACAACCUAGUUAGAUAUUUUAUUAAUUUGAUGAUCUAGCGGUUUUUGCACAUCUAAUAUAGAUAUUUGACCUCUUUUAUUUAAGCAAUUACAAGAUGUCUGACCAACAGGAUUCCGUUGUCACCAAUGGGGUUCCUGUCAUAGAAAAGAGUUCUGAGAGGUAUGUGGACCUAUCGUAACCUUCUAUGCUGGAGACUAAUUCUGUCAGGACUGUUGAAAUACCAGUUUAUUAUUACUUAAUAUUUACCAAAUAAUGGUACAGUAUUUAAUUACUGAGUGUUUAUUCAUUUAAAGUAUAUUUUAUUUUCAUGUUUUUGAUUCUAGUUGUGUGAGUGACAUUCCUCUUGGAGAAACCAAACAGUUAGCACAAGUUGCGAAACUCCAACAGAAGGAUAUCUACUCCAGUCCCCUCGUCAACGGAGGAGUAGUAGAACAUACACAACCAAACUCUGAGUCAGAGUCUGAUGGAGAAGACAAACCACCCAGAUCACCUGGACUAGAGGGACCUCAAGGGGAUCCUCUCUCAGGUAAUAGCAGCUUAUGGUGGUAGGGAUACAUUUUUUUAAAAUAGGAUAUUGACUCAACCUAACUGAAGCAGAACAUAUGUUUUAUCACCUGUAAGAGGCACAUGGUAUAUGUUUUGUAAUUCAUAAUAUAGCAGCUAUAAAGACAUUUGUGAAACAGGUUGACAGAACUGUGCCUGAAAGCAUAAUCAUUUAAGGGUUGCAGACACUCAUGAACAGUCAAUUAUUAUUUGAUCUAUGACUAUGAGAAAUCUUUUAUUUUGCCUGUAAUUCUUUUUUUGUUUUCGAUCAAUCAACUUUAACCUUUUCUAUUUAAUCAGAGCAAUGUUCAACACUAAAACCUGAUUGGCGGGUAGGCAGGGACAUUCUCUGAAGUAAUCUGAUACAGGCAGCCCAAAUAUUUAUGCUUCACACUGGCUGCGAAGGAGGAAGGAGUAAAGCUGUACCUACCUGCAUUCCACUGCAUUCUUGUGGGAACAGGGAAGGGGAAUACUAGUCUCUAAGAUUACUCCAUAAACGACCACUGAUGACAGGCAACUGCUACCCCUGCUGUCCCCGUACUACAGGUGCCUCGGUGCCCCUGAAGCUGUCGGAUGUGUCCCUGGCCCCAGCAGAGCAGCUCUGGUGCACCUCCAGGGACCAGGCAGUCAAGCUGAGGAUGGCUGAGACGGGGCCGGGAUCCGAGGCCCCCAUGACCGUCCACCAGAUGUUCUUGAAGACGGUGAAGAUCUAUGGAGACCUGCCCGCGGUGGCGUCCAAGAAAGAGGGGCAGUGGGUCACCCUGAACUGGAGGGAGUACUACCAGCAGUGCCGAGCGGCGGCCAAGAGCUUCCUCAAGGUCUGUAUAUUGAUGUAGUUGUGUGAGUGUCUGUGCUCUUUAGUUGCUCUAUGGUCUAUGCUUGCGUGAGAUUUAAUAGAAAAGGUUUUCUAUGCUCUAUGUUAUGAUGUACUUGUACCUGGAUGUGCUCUGUAUUUUUCAAUGGCUCGAGGCCUAGGAGUAUUUUUGAACUGCGCCAGUGAAUUCUAAUAGAAUAUUAACUAUAAUGCAGAUCUGUUAACAUCACUGAAUCUUCAAAUAGGCUAUGGACUAUUUAGAAUUUGACCUCCAGAGAGAGGGGAUUAUGAAUGUUUGCACAGCAGAAAGAAUGUUCUCCCAUUGUCAUUUCUGUCUCCUUGUAAGAAUGGUGCUGGUUAAAACCAACACUUGGGUGUGUUAGAUUCAAAGCUAAAGUUACUUGUCACGGAGAGGCGAUAAAGUGGGGUAGUUUACAAAGCAUCAUAUAGGUCAACAGUAAAUGAGGCAGUGUGCCACAUUCUCAUUGAUUAUACAUUUUUAUUUCGGUCUCUUCCCCCCUCUACUGUAGUUGGGGCUGGAGCGUUACCAUGGCGUCGGUAUUCUGGGCUUUAACUCUCCCGAGUGGUUCAUCUCAGACAUCGGCUGUAUCCUGGCUGGGUAAUAAUAACAAUAAUUUUCCAUAUAGCAUGCACUGUCUUACCAUGCACUACCCUGCACUAUUGUUCAUACUGCAUUCUGUGAGACUUAGACAACCAGCUGCUUACUCAUAGAAGGCUAAUUCAUCCCACACACUCCAAGGACAGCAAUCACAGUCUAAACUACCUCAAUAAGAAAGUUGUCUGACCUGAUGUGUGUGGUCUGCCAGGGGUUUUGCUGCAGGCAUAUACACCACCAACUCCCCCGAGGCGUGUCAGUAUGUGGCAGACAACUGUGAGGCCAACGUCCUGGUGGUGGAGAACCACAAACAGCUCCUCAAAAUCCUCCAGGUGAGACCCCAUAACACGAAGAUUUUAAAAUUACAAUAAUCCAAUACUGCGCUCUAAAUUGUAUUUGUAAGUAGAUCGAGUGAACAUAGUCUCUUUAUACAUGUAUUGAUUUUGUGCCAAAAUGAUUAAUUAUAAGACCAAAGAGCUGUCAAAGGACACCAGAAACAAAAUUGUAGACCUGCACCAGGCUGGGAAGACUGAAUCUGCAAUAGGUAAGCAGCUUGGUUUGAAGAAAUCAACUGUGGGAGCAAUUAUUAGGAAAUGGAAGACAUACAAGACCACUGAUAAUCUCCCUCGAUCUGGGACUCCACGCAAGAUCUCACCCCGUGGGGUCAAAAUGAUCACAAGAAUGGUGAGCAAAAAUCCCAGAACCACACAGGGGGACCUAGUGAAUGACCUGCAGAGAGCUGGGACCAAAGUAACAAAGCCUACCAUCAGUAACACACUACGCCGCCAGGGACUCAAAUCCUGCAGUGCAGACGUGUCCCCCUGCUUAAGCCAGUACAUGUCCAGGCCCGUCUGAAGUUUGCUAGAGUGCAUUUGGAUGAUCCAGAAGAGGAUUGGGAGAAUGUCAUAUGGUCAGAUGAAACCAAAAUAUAACUUUUUGGUAAAACCUCAACUCGUCGUGUUUGGAGGACAAAGAAUGCUGAGUUGCAUCCAAAGAACACCAUACCUACUGUGACGCAUGGGGGUGGAAACAUCAUGCUUUGGGGCUGUAUUUCUGCAAAGGGACCAGGACGACUGAUCCGUGUAAAGGAAAGAAUGAAUGGGGCCAUGUAUCGUGAGAUUUUGAGUGAAAACUUCCUUCCAUCAGCAAGGGCAUUGAAGAUGAAACGUGGCUGGGUCUUUCAGCAUGACAAUGAUCCCAAACACACCGCCCGGGCAACGAAGGAGUGGCUUCGUAAGAAGCAUUUCAAGGUCCUGGAGUGGCCUAGCCAGUCUCCAGAUCUCAACCCCAUAGAAAAUCUUUGGAGGGAGUUGAAAGUCCGUGUUGCCCAGCGACAGCCCCAAAACAUCACUGCUCUAGAGGAGAUCUGCAUGGAGGAAUGGGCCAAAAUACCAGCAACAGUGUGUGAAAACCUUGUGAAGACUUACAGAAAACGUUUGACCUGUGUCAUUGCCAACAAAGGGUAUAAUUCCCUACUUUGUCCAUACCUUUCAGAUUAAGGACCAGCUUCCACACUUGAAAGCUAUUGUUCAGUACAAGGAUGAACUGCAACAGAAGCUGCCAAACCUGUACACUGUAAGUUUGUAUUGAAAUGAAGAAGAUCUAUAAGCAUCAUCAUGUUUAGCCGCCCGGGAAAAAAACAUUCCUGAUUUGCAUAACGGAUAUAGCAAUGUUAGUAGCACACAGUAUUUCCUUGAAUAUUGUAGUACACAAUAUUUCCUGUCACACACUGUAACUGUAACUGUGAGACUCUUAAUCCCUUCACAUUACUGAGCAAACUGAGCCAAGUCAAGCUGUACUGGGCUGGCUUGAUUACGCAUCCACCAUAGUUGAUGGAACCCUUCUGAAAAGGACAAUGUGAAAAUAAAAUAUCCAAGCCAGUACGGUUGAGAUUGGCCCUAUAUUGUGAAUCAGGUGUUAUUGACUCAACCUCUGUCCUCCUACAGUGGGCUGAGUUUAUGAAGCUGGGCGAGGAGGUGUCUGAUGAACUGCUGGAUGCCGUGGUGGACAGUCAGAGGGCUAACCAGUGUUGUACGCUCAUCUACACCUCUGGAACCACGGGCAACCCCAAAGGGGUCAUGCUAAGCCAUGACAAUGUGAGUAUUGACAAUGACAUGAUCAGUACGCGAUUUCAAUCUUGGUGGGGCAAAAAAUAAAAUAAUGUGGGAUGCAUGCCAGCAAAGCCACUACACUACACUACACAACACAACACUAAACAAUACAUUCAUUGCACUAUAACGGUGACAAAUGGUGCCCACAAACUGUUAGGGCCUACAUAAAGCUGUCCCAACAGCAGAGUCACAACAGCAGUCCCAACACCUUACCACUGCUACACCUGGCUAUCAGCAGAGCCUUGUCUGGCAGCGAAACAGUUCAUUCAGACUCAUUUACUUUCUUUAAAAAAAACAUAGCUGAUAUGGCUGACUUGCUUAAACAAAUGUGGUUUCUACUGACAAUUGAGAUGUACAAACAAUGGCAUAAGGGGACGACAAGCAGAUAAGAGGCAAUCCGUAAUUUCGAUUAAGACAUUAAUGAGCGAGCUAGGACGGACGUAGUCAAUAUAACUAUUUGUUCAGCACUUUUGAAAUGUACAGCGACAGAAUUCAGAACAUGGGCCGUUCUUACAGUGUUCUCCCUGUACACCAAGUCAGAACCGUAGGAUAAAUAAAGGGGGCAUAUAAGCAGACAAUGAAAGCUCUUACAAUAUUAGAUGAUUACAUUUCUCAAAAACAGGUUAUAGGCUACAUGUGCACCACCAAGUCAGAACAGUAGGCGAAAUUAAGAGGUGAAAAUCGACCAAAUUAUUAGGGUGAGGCACAUGGGCUACUAACAGCUUACUACACAACAUACACUUAGUAUUACUUUCUUAGCUACAGCAUACAUAUCUCCCUGGCAUAUUACAUUAUUUAUGCAGCAGCAUACAAUACAUUUUUAGACUCACCUUGUUGUGCUGUGCUCACUUGAACAGGAAGGUGGCGCAGCGGUCCUUCGUGGGCAAUUUUUGUCAUCAAAGUCUGGCAUUCUCUGGAUUUAUGGUGCUUUCAAGACAACUGGGAAAAGGUUGAAUCAUGAUGACGUCAGUGAUCUUUAGGUCAUAGCUCUAGAAAGAGGCCCGAGUUCCGGAUUUACAAUUCCGAGUUGGAUGAAAGUUCAAAUAAGUUCAAAACUAAGUUCAACACUUAUUUUCCCAGUCGUAGCUCGUUUUUCCAGAGUUCCCAGUUGUCUUGAACUCACUGAAGUCAGAUUUUGCAGUUCCGAGUUAACAGUUGUUUUGAGCGCGACACAAAUCAUGCUUCAUUGACAGCAUGGCCAAUGUUGAAUGUUUAUCAUUUAAACCAUGAAAAGAGACCUUUAAUCUUAGACUUGGGACCACACAGCCACUCCACUGAAUAGCAGGCUAAUGAUUGCUUUGCAAUGCUUGCAGUUAGCCACUGAUUCGUUCCAACCCACUCAUUGUUGAAUUUGCAACUUGUUGUGUAAUGUUUAUGUCCAAUGGCUGAUGAGCACCGAUACAUUUUAUCUAUAAUUUCUCUUCAUUAUUUAUCUUCAUAUGACAAGGAUUAAAAAGGAUUUGCCAGUAGAUUGUCGACUUGAUUAAUGAUGAUGACUGCUAGUUAAGAUUUUGAAAGUAUGAUGUUAACAUGAUCAGUCCAAUCAAAGCUACUGUAGAUGUAACGUGAUUUUACAUCAUUUUAUCUGUGGCCAAUGACCUUGAGCCUUCUUGGAUGGGCACUUCUAAUGUAACUCAAUGGCAGCACGCAAGGGGCUUGAAUUAUCUAGCUCUACCCUUAGACUUGGCGGUGACGUAGUGUCCCCAUGAGUGACAUAACACUGAGCCAAUCACGGCGCAACGCUCCGUAUUUUCUGCUGGCUUGCCCCACCACCACAGAAAGCACUGAGCUAGGCUGAAACACCUGCAUUUUGGAGCUGCCUUACUCAAGAAAACAAAAAAGAGACCAUGUUUGUAUGUGGCUUUAUUAACUCAAAGAUAUAUAUAUUUGUUUUACAUUGUUUGCAAACUGAUAUGUGACAUGUAUUAAUGGCAAAAUAACAUGCAAAACAGGCAAGCCCCCCCCCAAAAAAACUUACAUGGACAUGAUGAUGUACAGUGCAUUCGGAAAGUAUUCAGACCCCUUGACUUUUUCCACAUUUUGUUACGUUACAGCCUUUUUCUAAAAUGGAUUAAAUGAAAUUGUUUCCUCAUCAAUCUACACACAAUACCCCAUAAUGACAAAGCAGAAACAGGUUUUUAGAAAUGUUUGCAAAUGUAUUAAAAAUUAAAAUCGGAAAUAUCACAUUUACAGUAGGGGAAAAAAGUAUUUAGUCAGCCACCAAUUGUGCAAGUUCUCCCACUUAAAAAGAUGAGAGAGGCCUGUAAUUUUCAUCAUAGAUACACGUCAACUAUGACAGACAAAAUGAGAAAAAAAUAUCCAGAAAAUCAAAAAGAAUAAAAACUUGCUCCAGAGACCUCAGGACCUCAGACUGGGACAAAGGUUCACCUUCCAACAGGACAACAACCCUAAGCACACAGCCAAGGCUUCGGGACAAGUCUCUGAAUGUCCUUGGGUGGCCCAGACAGAGCCGGGACUUGAACCCGAUCGAACAUCUCUGGAGAGACCUGAAAAUAGCUGUGCUCAGACAUGACUAACUGACAGAACUUGAGAGGAUCUGCAAAGAAGAAUGGGAGAAACUCCCCAAAUACAGGUGUGCCAAGCUUGUAGCGUCAUACCCAAGAAGACUUGAGGCUGUAAUCACUGCCAAAGGUGCUUCAACAAAGUACUGAGUAAAGGGUCUGAAUACUUAUGUAAAAGUGUUAUUUCAGUUUUUUAUUUGUAAUACAUUUGCAAAAAUGUCUAAAGACCUGUGUUUGCUUUGUCAUUAUGGGUAUUGUGUGUAGACUGAUGAUCGAAAAAAACAAUUUAAUCAAUUUUAGAAUAAGGCUUUAACGUAACAACAUCUGAAAAAAAGUUAAGGGGUCUGAAUACUUUCCCGAAUGCACUGAAAAUAGACUAGUCAGGAAAAAGGUCUAUAUUUACAUGUACAUUUACUGUACCGCAGUAUCCAGGUGGUUCCUCCUUCAUCCUCACAGAAUGUGGUGACGCCAUCAGACACAUUAUAUGUACUAUAUAGUGGAGAUAGCUCUUGGGCCACUGGGCACUGGAUUCAGUAUGUGAAAGUGUCACAGUUUUAUCCAUGUAUUGUUCACAUCAAGUAAAGGACAAACAAAACAUCUUAUAGUUUCCUCUGUGGUAAAGGAGGUUGUAAUAACAUUGGUUGAAAGCCUCAUCUGACUCUCUCCUCAGAUUACCUGGACUUCAAAUGCGGCGGGCGCCAUGACAGGUCUGCAACAUGGUGUGGAGUGCGUGGUGAGCUACCUGCCCCUGAGCCAUGUAGCUGCCCAGGUCAACGACAUGUGGAUCGCCAUGAGAUUUGCAGGGGCAACGUAUUUCGCAGACCCAGACGCCCUGAAGGUCAGAAUCCCUAACUGUUAUAUUACAGAUAAUGAUGCUGUGCAUUGCUUUCCUUUCAAAAUGCUGUUUACUAAGGCAAUAAUUGAUUGAGGUGUGGUGGUUUGGUUUUGACUGGGUUGGGAAGGGUGGGACUGGGGUAACUUUAUAUGACUUGAUAACUGGUAACUUUCUGAUUUCAUAGGGCUCUUUGGGGACUACUCUGAAAGAGGUGCGCCCCACCAGUUUCCUGGGAGUUCCCCGUGUGUGGGAGAAGAUGCAGGAGAAGAUGAAAGCCAUCGGUGCCAAGUCCUCUGGUAUGAAGAAAAGAGUGGCUGACAGGGCUAAAUCCAUCGGAUUGCAAGUCAGCUACAGUGCCAUGAAUGGGUAAGGAUUUAUGUCAGGUUGUUGUUGUUCAUUAAACCCACACUUCAGAAAGAAGGCAUAUUUUCAGUGCACCAAAUUAUUUUUGAUUUGUUUCACCCAUAGAUAUGAUCUUAUCAAUAACAUUAGAAAAAACAUGCAUCCUCACUCACGCCCAAAUAGCAUUUUUUACAUCCUAAACUAGAUUAAAUUCCACCCCUAAUAUUUUCCACAAUGUGUGGUAUUCCUCCUUGUUUGUUGUGGAUUACAGUGAGAACCUGGUGCCCUGGGGCUUCAUGCUGGCAAACAACCUGGUGUUUAAGAAGGUUCGCUGGGCCAUGGGCCUGGACCGCUGCAAGAACUGCUUAACGGGGGCCGCACCCAUCACUAAGGAGACUCUGGAGUACUUCAUGAGCCUUAGCCUCCCCCUGUAUGAGCUGUAUGGGAUGAGUGAAAGCACCGGCCCUCACACCAUCUCCUGGGAGAAUAACUUCAAGAUCAUGAGGUCAGCAACUGGAAAACUAGGAUGUGAACUGACAUUUUUAAUGACAGUUACAUUAAUUAAUUUGUAGUUGACAAAGCUAUCAUUGCAUAAUAGCAAAUAAUUAAUUGAUACUGAUAAGCCAUCAGAUAUGAAGUGACAUCUAAUAAACAUUCUUGCUUUUCGGUCUCACCGUGAUGUUAUCCUCAGCUGUGGAAAGGUAGUGGUUGGCUGCCAGACCAAGUUGGAUAAGCCAGACGAGGAUGGGAAUGGUGAGAUCUGUUUCUGGGGGCGUCAUGUGUUCAUGGGCUACCUGAACGAGCCAGAGAAGACUGAGGAGGCCCUGGACCAGGAGGGCUGGCUGCACUCUGGAGAUCUGGGCAAGCACGACAAGGACAACUUCCUAUUCAUCACAGGGAGGAUAAAGGGUAUAGUACUUACUUAUAGUUUAUUUUAUAGAUGUAUAUACAGUAGCCAUUAUACAACAUGGCUGCCAGUGCUGGGUGUCAAUGGGAAUAGGAUGCAGUUGCUCCUAGACACUGAUCUACGUUCAAUUUUAUGUACCUUCUCCUGAUCCUAAGUCUGUGCCUAAGGGUAACUUCCCCAUAUGAAAAAAUACUAUAGUAUACUAUGCUCUAAAUACUGUAGUAUUGCUAUAUUUAUAUACUAUAGUAUUGACUUUAGUGUUUUUGCGGAAGUAUACUAUAGUAUUCACUGUAGUGUUGUUGCGGACAUGACUGUAGUAUACUAUAGUAUUCACUGAAGUGUUUUUGUGGACAUGACCAUAGAAUACUAUAGUAUUCACUGUACUAUUUUUGUGGACAUGACUGUAGUAUACUCUAGUAAAAUAGUAUAAAUACUGUAGUAAGAACUAUUGUAUAUACUAUAGCAAUUACUGUAGUGUUUUUGCAGAUAUUACUGUAGUAUUUAGUGUUUUUUGUUUCAUUAUCUUUGACAUAGAAGUGGGCCUUUUUCCUUGAGCAAAUUUUCCAUAACCUGUAGGUAGGUAGGAAUGGAGUCUGAUCGGAUAUUUCAGAGCCUCUGCACUUCUCUAUAACCUGUAGGGAAUAUACUUCGCAUGUAGGUGUCUCAAUCAUGGGUGGUACAAAUAGGGAUAUGGGGGAUGGGAAUGGGUGGAGUAUAUGCAAAUGAAAUACUGUUGUACUACUAUAGUUUUAAAAUCUUACUGUAGUAUUUAAUACAGUGUUUUUUUGCGGAUAAUACCGUAGUAUUUCAAAUACACUGAGUGUACAAAACAUUAGGAACACCUUCCUAAUAUUGAGUUGCACCCUCUUUUGCCCUCAAAACAGCCUGAAUAUGUCGGGGCAUGGACUCUACAAGGUGUUGUUCUAUAGGGAGGCUGGCCCAUGUUGACUCCAAUGCUUCUCACGGUUGUGCCAAGUUGGCUGGAUGUCCUUUGGGUGGUGGACCAUUCUUGAUAGUAGAACACUGUGUAGACAGUCUCCCGAGUGGCGCAGUGGUCUAAGGCACUGCACCGCAGUGCUAGCUGUGCCACUAGAGAUCCUGGUUCGAAUCCAGGCUCCGUCGUAGCCGGCCGCGACCGGGAGACCCAUGGGGCGGCGUGCAAUUGGCCCAGCGUCAUCCAGGGUAGGGGAGGGAAUGGCCGGCAGGGAUGUAGCUCAGUUGAUAGAGCAUGGCGUUUGCAACGCCAGGGUUGUGGGUUCGAUUCCCACAGGGGGUAUGAAUUUUUUUAAAUGUAUGCACUAACUGUAAGUCGCUCUGGAUAAGAGCGUCUGCUAAAUGACUCAAAUGUAAAUGUAAAAUGUAGACCUAUGAUCUAAAUAUCCUAAGAAUGAAAUCUCUUGUCCUGCAGAGCUUAUCAUAACAGCAGGAGGAGAGAACAUCCCACCUGUACCAAUUGAGGAUGCAGUGAAAGCAGAGAUCGCCAUCAUCAGCAACGCCAUGUUGCUCGGAGACAAGUUGAAAUUCCUCUCCAUGAUGCUCACGCUCAAAGUAAGGCCUCAAACGUUAUAUGUGUCCUGUAUUGCCAAUUCCUAUGGUCAUUGGCAUGCUUUAGAAUUCUUGCUUUAGAAUUAUUAAGCAAUUAGAAUAUAGUUAUACAGCACGAACAGAUCUGGAACCAGGCUAUUUGAUGUUUGCUCUGUUCAGCAAAUACUACAACUCCUGGAUCACUCCUAACCUUUGACCCCACUCUCCCUCCGUAGUGUGUAGUCGACGACAAUGGUGAGCCGACGGAUGAGCUGACCCCAGAGUCUGUGGCGUUCUGCCAGCAGCAUGGCGUCACGGCAACCAAGGCCUCUGAGAUCAUAGCCAGUAAGGAACCAGCUAUUUACAAGGCCAUCCAGGAGGGCAUAGAGCGCGUGAAUGCUAAGGCCACCUCCAACGCCCAGAGAGUCCAGAAGUGGGUCAUUUUGGACAGAGAUUUCUCCAUAUCCGGGGGGGAACUGGGUGAGUCAGUCAGUGUGAGAAAUCAGUGGCUGGUUUUUAUUGGUUGGUUCUGUCUGUUUGAGCAUGUGACAGAAGAGAGCAGUGAAUAGUCUUGGAUCGCAUUUUCUUCCUCAUCUUAGUGAGUUGAUUUUGUGUGCUUCUUUGUUCAUUGUGGGAUUAAAAUAAAUAUAUAUUAAACUAAAGCUAGAUAACUAAACUAAAGCUAGUCUUGUGAGGUUGUAGGUCAUUUUCAAUAGAUCAUUUGCUUUUUCAUAAUUUGACACACUUUUACAAAGAACUCAGAGAGAAGUAAGUAAGUGUUUUGACAGUAAUGUUUAUCAUGGACAGUAUCUGAUGCGGCAGUCUUGUGACUGUUUUAUACCAAACAACAUUCCUGUGGAUACCAUUGCAUAUUUGCAUAAUCUUUCUACGAAGCUGUUGAGGAAGUCAAAUGUUGUGAUUGAAGAAGCACAGGAAAGCGAGGACACCCAUUUUGAGAGCACAGUAAGUCCAUUAUUUCUUCUAUCUUCUCUCCAGGACCUACCAUGAAGCUAAAGAGGGGGGUUGUUGUCAAAAUGUUCCAGGAGAAAAUCAACGAGAUUUAUGGAAUGGCACAAGAAUAACAGAGGAACUCAACAAGGACUAGAGAAAAUUGGAAGACUGUAGUUAUUGGACUAUUAAAUGCAUAUGUAGACAUUUGAAUGUGUCUCGUUCUCCAGUAACUAGAGAAUUAUCCCAUUGGUAUCUGCUCCAUAUCAAUAUUUAUGCUGUUUUAAUGUACAUAAGAUUUCACAGCAAUGAUAUUUGCACUUUUUUUGUAAAUAAACCGUAUAAUCAUCAUCGCCAAAUCUAGUGUCCACAACAGUGAAAGCAGUUUGUGCUUCUUGUAAGCUACUCUGCAAAAAUUAACUGUUAUUGCAACCAUGGCAAUAGUUUCAAAGUCAUAUCACUAUCAUAGGCUUUUUAGUUUAUUAUUUGUUAAAUAUAUGAACAUGUUUGCAAAAACCACUUGUUAUGUUCUCUCAAGAUGUGCCAGGAGAAUCUAAGGAGAUACCAAGGAGAAUGUAAAUGUAGCAAUGCUAUACUGUACACACUUCAAGUAAAUGAGAAUGCUAUCAAAACAAAAUCAUUGUAUCAUUAAUGUAAUGUUUGUCAAGUGAUUCCAUCGUUAUUUGGAUGAUACACUGUAAUAUUAAUUUUGUAUUAGAUUUUAGCCAAUUCUUUUCCAUGUACAUUAUAAUAAAUAUUAAAAUGUUUAUUUUUAUGUGUUAAAUGAACAUGAUCAAUAAAAGCAAAACGCAAACAAACUGUUCUGGACCCCCCAAAAAAACCAUAACGUUGGUAGUAUCUCACACGAACCUUA